GAUGAAUAUUCAGUAAUUCCCAGUUUUGGAGCAGUUAUUGGUUUAAAAGCCUUUUCUGAAAGCAAUGUAUUACACGACGCCUUAAAAGCCCAUAAUAUCAGCGGCGAUAUGACUAAAUUAAUACACGGCGAACAAUAUUUAGAACUCGUUAAACCCAUCCCUUCGUCCGCAACCCUAACAUCAGUGCCAAAAAUUAUUGAUGUGUUAGACAAGGGUUCGGGCGCUCUCCUCAUUAUAGGAAUUGAGACAUUUGAUGAAAACCAAUCGCUUGUGUUCUACAACCAAAUGUCUCUAUUUAUGGUCGGAUCGGGAAAUUUUGGGGGCAAAAGAAUGAGUAACGACACCAAUAUUAAGCCUAUUGUUUCGGCGCCUAACAGACAACCCGAUGCCAUUGUUUCUGAGAAAACUUCAAUCGAUCAGGCGGCUAUAUAUCGUCUCUGUGGCGACAAAAAUCCUCUUCAUAUCGACCCGAUGUUUGCUUCAGCCGGAGGGUUUUCAAGUCCUAUACUCCACGGCUUGUGUACAAUGGGGUUUGCAAUGAGGCAUGUAUUGCGUGAAUUUGCCGGAUAUGAUGUGAAGAACUUCCGGGCAAUUAAAGCCCGAUUUGUUGGACCCGUAACUCCCGGACAAACCAUUGAGACCCAGAUGUGGAGAGAAGGGAACCGAAUUUAUUUUCAAAGUUUUAUCAAAGAGACCGGAAAACUGAUCAUUUCUGGCGCUUAUGUCGAUCUGAUUGAAGUUCAAGUUAGGAAUCAUAACACAGAAAAUAAUUUCCAAAACUCGAAGAAUGAUAACGAUUUCAUUUUGAGCUCAUCUUUGGCUUCAAAUAUCAAUGACAUAACAAUCGAUGAAUUAGCAAAAGAUUGUUUGAAAGAGGAUGUGAUUCGAUAUGUUUGCGCUCCUUAUGGCGGAAAUGACGGUCAAUCGGGUGGAGGCGAC